CCUGGGAGAGAAUGACUCAACAAAGUUGGAUCAUAGAGUGACUCUUCAGAAAAAGCGGAAUAUAUAAAAGUGAUAGAAUGGAUUCUCAGGACAUUCAGUUUCUCACUUACGGUCAAGAAGAAGGCGUAGACCUCCUGGCCUCUUUGUUAGAGACGCCCGGCAUUAAUUACCCCGACUUGUCUGAGUUUAACUUUGGACCAAGUUCUCCCUUGAGUCUCGGACCAGUUCUCUUACCACCACCCGAAGCAAAGGAGACAUCAGUGGCUGGAGAAUUAGAAGACGAGGGAUUUGAAGAUUGUUUCGAAGAGGAAGAGAUAAACGCUCUUCAAAGAGACUCUGAUCCCAGCCUGGCAGCCAACACCAUAGCCACUUCAAACUCAUCACCCUCAUCCUCCCUCACUGGUCUAGAGCCUCCCCAGGGGCUCUUACCAAUCGACACUAUCAGUGGUAUCGUGGACGAUGGGCUAAUGGCUACUGGUACCUCUUUUGUUGAGGAAUUUUUUGACCUUGAUCAAGGUGUUGCUAUGGAUGCCAGUGAUGCAGUAGUAUCAUCAAUGAAUAAUGAUAGACCAUCACUGUGUAGUCCUCUGCCUUCAACUUCGCUCUUUUCCCCUCCCCCUCCUCCUCUCUUCACUUCCCCUUUGUAUUACCCUCCUCCUGUAUCAACCACUCACGAUGUCUCGCCUGUCCCUGAUUUUACAAGAGAUACUCGGGACGUUGAUGAGCUUGAGUAUUUCUGUAACACUUUCCUACCCAAUCCAGUACCAUUGACUCUCCCUCACGUAAAACUACCUCCUUCUCCUCACAGAACUAACAAUGGCACGCUAGCCUUGAAUCCUCAAGUAGACACAUACGGAGGACAUCGUCAAGUACAAACAACCUCAAACAGUUUCAAUCCUCAACAGGAUGCCAUCCCUCUAGAGGCCAUAAUGUCUCUCCCAAUGGUUGCCAGCAAUGGCAGCAAGUGGAGCACUUCGGAUUACGGGAGACACGAUACUGAUCGAUCAAUUGGUGAUAGGCGUCAUACUCCAUCGCCCUCUCCCUCGUACAUAGCCCCCAGCCCUGCUAGCAGUGUCUUCACUGAUUAUCCCGAGAGCGAGUUCGGUAAGGAAUCGCUAGCAUCUCCAGACAUUCCACAAUCCUUCAACGGGAUCAGUAAAUUAGAAAUCAUUGAUAUGCCGUACUUUGAAUUCAAGAAACUUCUCGACGGUGGCACGUUCUCGGAGAGAGACAAAGAGGAGGUGAAGGCAAUCAGGAAGAGAGGGAAGAACAAGAACGCUGCCAAGAACUGCCGAUACAGAAAGCUGGAGCACUUGAGCGGCUUACAACAAGAGAUAGACUCACUGAAGAUAAAGAAGUCAAAACUCGCUUUGAAAGCACUUUCAUUGCAACGUGAAAUUGAUGGAUACAAGAGCAAGUGCACACAAAAGAUGUCCCACAAACAACAAAUUAGACAAUUAUCAGCAGCUGUUCACUGACACGCAUUUUACCACACUCGUUAUUAUUA